CGCAAUAGAUCAGGACAUGUUCUCCGCAAUUCAAGAUGUAGAAGCUUGAAUGCCUGUUAAAAGAAUUACCCUUAAGGCAGCAUCAUGAUGAGAAUAGUCUUUUCGUAUGUGUCUCAUUACUAGUAUGUGUUUGUGCAGGACAGUGGCGCCACCUGCAGCCUAGCGGACAGCGCGACGAGCGACGCAAACGCACGCGCCACCUACUAUCAAAACAAACUGUUGGCUACGCAGCAGAUUCUACAAAACAAAGAAGACAUGAUAGGCGUGCAGGCAGACAGCCUGGCCGUGGCCGAGGAGCGCAUCGCCACGCUCAACGAGCGCGCCAACGAGCUCAAGAGAGAACUAGAAAAGAAGACUAAGGAGUACUCAGCUCUACGAAAAUCCAUAGAUUGCAGCAAAGUUGAGAAGACUGACGUUUCUUGCUUCACUGACCGGCCGCUGGGAGAUCAGAGGGAUAUAGUGCAUACUUUGGAGAAUAAUCUGAGCGUCAUAGAAGACCUUUAUCGAGAGUGUUUUUAUGAGACGGCAAAACAAGAGAAUUUAAUAGAAAUGCUCCGCAGUUCGUACCUAGACGUUCGUCUGAUGGAUAAACAGAAAGCAGACCACAUCGGACGACUGCAAAACGUCAUCAAUACUCAGAAAUGGUCACUUGAUAGGUGUCAGGACAUAGCACUGGAAGUCGACGGCCUCAAAAUGGAAAUAUCAAACUUCCUAAACAGUUCUUCAUCAACCAACAACGACUCGGGUAUGUGGGAGCGGAGUGAGGAGUCGCUGACGCCGCCGGCGGUACACGAGGAUCUGCAUGACGUCAGGGAACAGCUUCUGCGUCUGCAGGAGUUACUUGCUAUGGGUUGCACAUGUGGCUUGAAUGAAGAAAAUAAGAAAUUAAAGGAAGAAAAUGAGGCUCUACGAGUGAAACUAGGCGAAUGUAAAGAGAAAUUGUGUGAGGUAGAGUGUGCUCUCACCAGCAGGAAGUGUAACGACAUGAAGUAUAAAGCGGACAUUGAAGCCAGGAAUAUAGAAUUGUCGCAAAUCAAAGAGGAGCUGAUGCGAGCGCAGGAGAACUCCAACACCUGUGAAGCCAAGGCCACGCAAAUACGACACAUGCAAGAGUUACUGGACGACAAGACGGCCGAGAUGUCGGAACUGCAGCAGACGAACGAGUCGCUAGCCAACAAGAUCCAGGAGCUGGAGACGGAGUUGAAGAAAGCAGAUCUGGUCAUCAAGGAGAACUGCAAGAUGCGCAGCGAGGUGUCGUACCUGACGGCGCAGGUGUCGCUGUGGCGCGCGCAGCUGGACGACGCGCAGCGCCGCGCGCGCGCCGCCGACGCAGAGCUCGCCGCCGUCAGGGACAACUGCGCGCACAUCGACGCCUGCUACCGACAGAAGGCGGGCGCGGUAACGGAGCUGCGCGAGCACCUGGAGGCGGCGCACGCGCGCGGCACGGCGCUCUGCGGCGAGGCACGACACGCCGUCUGCGCCGUGCGGCACUGGAUACGACAGCUGCGAGACAAGCACAGAGAACAAGAGAACGUCAUCAAACAGAAAGACUGCAUCAUAAAGGCACUACAGCGACGUCUAGAGGAAAGACAGAGCGACACGCAGCCCACGAGUGAGAGUGAAAACGCGGCCAGCUGCUCCAAGUGCCUGUCCAGCAGAGACGAGCACAGCUGCUGCUCAGGGUCGAAGGCGGGCGUGAGGCUGCAGCUGCUGCGACUGCCCAGAAAUAGCGAGAUGCCAGGGUGCUCCACCAGCGCCGCGCCCAUACGACUCCUCAAGAAGAGGUUCUGUGCUAGCAAGCGUUGUCCGUCGUGGGUGUGCGACAUGGGCGUGCAGGAGCCGACGCGGCGCGACGCGGGCAGCGACGCCGCCGCGCCCGCCACCUUCUGCCGCAACCAUGAGACGCGGCCGCUACGCAUCGAACGAGACCGACCCCGUGACACGUCACCUACAGAAGCAGAAGAGCUGCUCGCUCGCGUGGGGAAACUGGCUGAGGCGCUGGAAGACGGACACCGGCGCUGGACGCGGCGUGACCCCCGGUGACGUCACGCUGGCACGCAACAUGUAGUCACUUGUGUUUGAAGUACUAUUUACACGAAUCAAACAUGUGGACAUAGAAAAAAUACCAAUAUACGAAUUGAGAACGUCUUUUUUGGGAAGUCGUGAAAAACCUAAGGGAGUAAGAAUCGAUGUGUUUCUGAAAUCUCAACAUUUCGGUUCCUAUUAAGCUGCUAUUGUGAAGUUUAAGGGAAGAGAAUGACAAUGAAGAGUUGCUAACUUAAAAAAAGUGUAGAUGGUGUUGCCACGUUAAGGCAUUUAUUAGCUUUAUUAUAAAGACUUUUAGUGCAUUUAUUAAUUUUAGUUAUAACAGUAUUAUUUACUAGUCUUAUUUAUAGCUGGUUGUAUUU